UAUAGACCCUCUAAUACAAUUGCUAGGGUUUCAUCUCUCUCAAACAUUUCUUUCCCAGUUCAAUUAACUUCAUAGUUAUGGCUAUCCGAGCCACCUUCUCCUUUUCCGGCUAUGUCGCCCAAACCCUAGUUUCCUCGGCCAGCGUUCGAGUCGCAAAUCCUCGCGGUGUCCAUGAAUGCUGUAUCCUCUCUCGUUUCUUUGGAUCCAACCAAAAACCCGAUCUGGAUCGUUCCAGCUGCGGUAUAGGCGAGAAUUUCAGGAGGCCAAAAAUGUCGACCUAUUCUACUCUCGCCGGAGACCUUCUCACUGAAGGUUUGAUCUGGAUGAUGAAGUCGUCGGCUGUUGUUCCUGGGUCAUCAACUGGUAUGAUGGGUAUUUCACCAUUCAAACCUUCUUCAAUUAUACCAUUGUUACAGGUUUCAAAGUGGCUUCCUUGUAAUGAGUCUGUUAUUAACCCUACAACGUGUAUUAACCCUACAACGUGGGAAAUUGCUGCUUUUAAACCACCGGAAUCUCGUUUGUUGAAUUUGAAUCAGAAGGAGAAAAAUAUUAGUUGGAUUUCCAAAUAUUCAAAAGAUGCUAAAGCUGUAUUCACUGCUUUCACUGUUAGUUUACUUUAUAAAUCGUCUUUGGCUGAACCUAAAUCUAUUCCAUCUUCUUCUAUGUAUCCAACUCUUGAAGUUGGUGACCGUGUUUUAACAGAAAAGUUUUCUUUAUUCUUUAGAAAGCCUCAUGUUUCUGAUAUUGUUAUUUUCAAACCUCCGCAAUUUUUGAAGGAAUUUGGUUAUAGUUCAUCUGAUGUUUUUAUAAAAAGGAUUGUGGCUAAGGCUGGUGAUGUUGUCCAAGUUAAGGGUGGAAAACUACUAGUGAAUGGUGUUGCUGAACAAGAGGAAUUUGUUUUAGAGCCUCUUGAUUACGAGUUGGCUCCAAUGGUUGUUCCAGCAGGACAUGUGUUUGUAAUGGGAGACAAUCGUAACCAGAGUUUUGAUUCUCAUAACUGGGGUCCACUCCCGAUCAAGAACAUUGUUGGUAGAUCGAUGUUUCGCUACUGGCCUCCAUCCAAAGAAGAUCAAACUGUCAUGGUUCAUAACACCUCACCUUCCACGGCAUAGCUAGCUAGCAGAAGGUUUAGGAGGGACCAACUUCCGCGGAAUUUCUUUUGAAUGAACUGCAACUCGGGUUUUGGACUGAGAGUGAGCUGUUAAUCAACAAUUCUCCAGGAGGAGUCUGCUUGUCUUAGAUGCAUAUCUUAUUGAUAAGUGCAAGUUUGGCCCUAAGGAGCGGUGCAUUUGUUUAAGGAUUAAUCUAGAUGAGUUGUCUGUGUAUCAAUUUAUUUCCUGUAAGCUACUUUGUUGCGUACUUCUGAUACUCUUUAUUCUUCUGCCUUCUUUUUAAUAUAUAAUUAGAUU